CCCCAGACUGACCCGGCGACGGCGACGGCGCGGCCGCGCGGACCUGCUCGCACCCUCCAACUGCCGGGACCCAGCGGGAACGAUGGCCGAUGACCAGGACGUGUCUGUGGAGGGGGCCGCCGGGGAUGCCGUGAGCACAGACGAGGACACGACGGACGCGAAGCCAGACCGCUCCUCUUUCGUCGCGUCACUUUUCAAUAAGAAGAAGAAAAAGGAGAGUGUUUGUCCAGACCCAGACGCUUCGUUUCGGUAUAACAUGAAUUUUGAGAAGAUGGGCAAGUGCGUCAUCAUCAACAACAAGAACUUUAAUAAAAGCACAUGCAUGGACACCCGGACUGGGACAGACAGAGAUGCCGCGGCACUUAACAUCUGCUUCAGAAACCUGGGUUUCGAGGUGAUCAUCAAGAACGACCUCACUUGCCAACAGAUGGUGGAUCUGCUUCAAAAAGUGGCCGGCGAGGACCACAGGAACUCGGCCUGCUUCGCCUGCAUCUUCCUCAGCCACGGGGAAGAGAACAUCAUCUACGGGACCGACGACAAGAUCCCCAUCAAGGAGCUGACGUCCUGUUUCAGAGGGGACAGGUGCAGGACCCUCCUGGAGAAGCCCAAGCUUUUCUUCAUUCAGGCCUGCCGGGGCACUGAGCUUGACGAUGGGAUCCAGCCUGACUCGGGAGUCUCUGAAGAACCGACCCCCCGGUGCCGGCUGCCCCUGGAGGCCGACUUCCUCUACGCCUACUCCACAGUUCCAGGCUACUACUCGUGGCGGAGCCCCGGCCAGGGCUCCUGGUUCGUGCAGGCCCUCUGCACCGUCCUGCAGGAGCACGGGAAGAGCCUGGAGAUCAUGCAGAUCCUCACCAGGGUCAACAACCUGGUGGCCAGGAACUUCGAGUCCAGGACCAACGACCCACGCUUCAACGAGAAGAAGCAGAUCCCCUCGGUGGUCUCCAGGCUCACCAAGGAGCUCUACUUCGGGAAGGCGCCCUGAAGCCGACACCCUGCAGAGGGACCCGUUGUUGAUGAGCCAGGUCUUUGGGGCCUGUUUUGCAAUGCUAGGAAACCUUCUAGGAAUUUAAGAUCCUUUCAUUUAAUCUUAGUUUCCGGGAUUGUUCUGGUUCAACAUGAAAGAAACUUUCUGGUGCUGCCUUUGACUUUUCAGAGAUUCUUAUUGCCUUACACUGUAAUCCACGUGAUGCCUUUCUAGUGUUCUCCUCAGACUCAUUUCUGGUAUGUUUCUUUCUCCUCUAUGUCCUGCUUAGCACAUACAACACGCGUGACCUCUGCAGAUGACUCUUGGCCGUGUUCACUGCCAAUGGUGCUCUUGCUGGUUUACAGGCAGAGUCUUAUCUGCACCUGACAGAGUAUUCAGGGCUUAGUAAAAAUGUGACUUUCAUCCGCCAGAAGGUGACUAUUGCAUGAGCUUCCCGUGGUUUGUCACUGGCUGAGGGCAGAUUCCUGUGCAUGAAAACUUGAGAAGAUGGAGGGGCGGAGGGUGUGUGUGUAGGGAAUCAGUGAAUCGUGUAAGAUCAACCAGGACAAGAGAAGAAACCCUUCUCGGCGUUUCAGUGGAGGGGAUUGAAUAGAGCGACUUGGCUCAACACGGGGAAUGAAACACCCAAUCACAGGCGACUGUUAGCACCUGGUGUUGCCCUGGCGCGUGGUUCCCUGGGUGCCGAAGCUGGACAGAGUUGUUGCCUUCUGUGCCGGUCAGACAGUAAUGGAGGAAUCGCUCCUUCUGACCCUCGGGCUCCCUGUGGCAUCUCAUUGUCUAGAACCACCUGGCAGAGGGCAAGGCCCUGGGGACACGUGGCUUCCCACGGUGCAGAGCAGAGCAAAGCCUCGAAAGGCUGGGGCGGGGGAGAGAUGGGUGGAAGCGUGGCCCAUGAUGUGAGUCUGUCCAGUCCUGCUCCCCUUGACUGUUAUCCAUCCAUUCUGUCGUUCAUUCAUUGAGCUGCCAGAGACCCUACACUUGGCCUUCAUGCAAAAAUACAUGCAAAAUAAUGUCUUAGCGAAUUUAAAAAUUAUGCCAAGCCUUAUUCCGAAUGCAACUUUGUUACCUCCGAUUCCAUAAGUGAGGGGAAAGUAUAUGGCCAAGAUUUUUGUGCUUUGUUUUCAAGGUGGUAUUUUAAAUCUGGAUAAAUUGCUACUUUAUUUUUCCCAAUAACUAGUUUAUAAAAUAUUUAUACUUUAAAUUAA